AUGUCAUCAUCUCUUCAUGUCAUCGCGUUGAUCUCGGGGGGCAAAGACUCGUUUUUUUCGAUCCUUCACUGUCAAGCCAAUGGGCACAAGAUCGUAGCCUUGGCGAACGUGUACCCACCACAUUCAACGACCAGCAGUGAUGACAUCAACAGCUAUAUGUACCAGACGGUGGGGCAUUCUGUCAUCCCGUUGUAUGAGCAAGCGCUUGGAAUACCACUUUACAGACAAGAAAUCACGGGCAAGACAGUAAACUCAAGUAAAGAGUAUGCAAUCCCGUUGGGGAAGCAAGACCAGGACGAGACAGAGGAUUUGGUCCCCUUACUCAGACGAGUCCUAGAGGCACAUCCGGAAGCCAAUGCUGUAUCCACAGGCGCCAUUCUGAGUACUUACCAACGUACCCGUAUCGAAUCGGUGGCUCUCAGGCUAGGCCUUGCGCCACUAUCAUACCUGUGGCAGUAUCCGCUGCUUCCGCCAUACACACAGUCAUCGUUGCUUCAGGAUAUGGCAACUGUUGGUCAGAAAGCCAUCAUCAUCAAGACGGCAUCUUGUGGUUUGGACGAAGGGUUCCUGGGACUGGAUGUGGCCGCGCAAGCGACCGUCGCAAAGCUAGGUAGAGCCAUGGGACGCUUCGGUGAGGCAGACAAUGGCGCCAUCUUGGGUGAAGGUGGCGAGUUCGAGACAUUGGCUCUCGAUGGGCCGAGGCCUCUUUGGAGAAAAAGACUCGGGCUCGAGGUUGGAUCUCCGGAUCUGUUGGGGGGUGGGCAAACGGUGCAGACGAUCAAAGCCAGUACGCUCAAAGACAAAACCGAGGAUUCAGAAGAGGAGGUCUCGGGACCCUUGAGGAUCCCAGAGCUGUUAGAUGAAGAAUUCAAGGUUGUGCUGGCAACAACGGAUCGCAACAACGACAGUCGGUCCUUAUUCUCUGACGAGGGAACACUUCUCAAUGGGCCCCAUGGGCUUGAUCCCGCAGCAGCCAAAAGCACGACAGCAUCCCUUGCUAUCCCAAGAAACACCAUCAAUGACACGCCCACCCUCUUCACCUGUUCUAAUCUAACUAGCGAUACUUGCCCGACAUCCUCGUCAGGCUCCCCCUCGCGCCAACUGACAAAGAUCUUCCUUCGUCUCGACCAUAUUCUUAAGCAAUGGCAUGUUUCUAGAUCUGCAAUCAACCACUGUACACUACUCCUUCGCAACAUGAGCAGUUUCACUGUUCUUAACCCCACUUAUGGUCAAUACUUCAGCAAUGUAAACCCGCCAGCCAGAGUGACGAUGGCAGUGGGAGACAUCAUGCCGGAGAAUGUGGACGUCAUGCUCAGUGUCAUUGUAGAUAAGGAUGAGAAGGACGGCAAGGGCCAGGUCAUUAGAUCCGUUGACAGACAAGGCCUACAUGUGCAAGGGAGAAGCUACUGGGCACCAGCAAAUAUAGGACCAUACAGUCAAGCGAUAGCUGCGCGGCUGCCACUUGGCGACCAGAAGGCUGAUAGCGAGGCCAAGAUUGUGUAUGUUGCUGGACAAAUCCCCUUGAUCCCAGCAUCAAUGGAGGUGUACAAUGAGCAUGAUUUCAAAGGCCAGGCAAUACUCUCUUUACAGCAUCUCUGGCGGAUUGGCCGCGUCAAAGGGGUCAAGUGGUGGACGGCAGCUGUAGCCUUCCUACCUACCUCUGAGCAUGCAGAGGAACGAGUGUGGAUUGCACAACAAACCUGGGCAGCUAUACACAUGCCUCAUGCAGAGAAAGAGUCUGAUUAUGACGACGACGACGACGAAGAGGCAGAGAUCGACCCUUGGGACCGUCUCAAUCGCAACCAUGGCUCCCUAUUCAACAACACCACCUACCGCUCACCCAUACCCGAUCCAACAGCCGUCACAAACGCCACCACGCCCGAGGCAUCACCGAUACCACCUUGCUUCGUCGUACAAGUCUCGUCCCUCCCGCGCGGUGUAGAUGUCGAAUGGAGCGCCACCGGCCUCACAUGCCCGUCCAUCACUUUCACCCGUCCAGCCCAACACACCCGCCUCACGCGUUCCUCUGCGCUACCAACCCGUUCGCGCUUCUACACCCUAGAGAUUCGGAGCCAGAGCGACGUCGACGUUUUGCGUGAGAUGGGCCGGGACAGUGUCAGGGAGUGGACUUGUGCGACGCUGUAUGCGGGGCCGGGAUUCGAGGUUGGGCCGAAGAUGAAUCUGAGGGGGGUGCAGUGGGUGCCGUGUAAGAGGGUUUGGGGGGAAGGGGGUCGGGAGGUUAGGGGAGUGUUGGUGGGGAGGGCAGAUGGAGUGGGGGCUGAGGAGGGCGUCAUGGAGAGAUUGGUUGGUGGGAUGCGGUGGAGCAGUGCUUGA